AUGGAUCUUGACAUUAAACCAACGCUUUCAGAAGCACAUCCCGAGACGAUGGACUUUCUCUCUCGUGCAUGGUGCAACUUUGCUGUCCAGGCUUUCCAACCAGAGCUACAAGAGAAGUCACUGGUUCUCCAGGAUAACACAAUGAAGAAAGUUGAGAAUGAGACCAGACCUCUUUUCAUGAAGAUGGACAGGAGCACAAAGAUGGAAGAAACAGACAGGUCUCUGCCUCCAUGGAAAUCCAAUGAUGUGAAGUCAUGGAUAUGGAUGCAACAAGCAAUGCACCCAGAACUGAACUACAACAGCUGUUUCAGAAAGAAAUGGAUGCCAUGGAAAAUAAUGCCUUUUAGGCUUGUAUCAAUCAAGAAAUGGCUAAAAGAGAUUAAGCAGAAAAGGAAAGAAGAACAGAGGUUGCAAAGAGCUGAAGUGCAUGCAGCAAUAUCAGUGGCAGGUGUAGCUGCAGCCCUUGCCGCCAUAGCAGCUGAAAAUUUGGAAGAUGGCAAGUCAGACACCGCCAAGGAAUCUGUGGUGGCCUCCGCUGCCGCCUUGGUUGCUGCCCAAUGCGCAGAAGUCGCAGAAGCAAUGGGGGCAAAGAGGGAGCAACUCAGCAGUGUAAUAGGUUCGGCCAUGAGUGGAACAAGUGCUAGUGACAUCUUAACCCUCACAGCUGCUGCUGCAACAUCACUAAGGGGAGCUGCUACACUUAAAGCAAGAUCAGCUUGCAAGAAUAGAUUAAAUGGGAGUGCACCAGUGUUGCCAAUCGAGGAUAACAGCAAUUUAGACUUCGAUUUUGAAAAAUGGAGAGCAAUUCUCACCAAUGGUGCCGAGCUUAGCAUUGAGAUAUCAGACGGGAGAUGCAAGGUGAGGUCAGUAUCUGUCAUCUUAAAUAGCGAAGCCAAGGUUAUUCUGAAAAUGAGGAAAAUCAACUUAUUGAAUGCUUUUGCAAGCAAGAAGGAAAGUGUUGUCCUAGACCUACAAGUGGAGUUGUACAAGGAUGCAGAAGCUGAGGAAACUAGUACUUCUUAUAUCAUUGUACUAGCAACGAACAGAGGGAUGAUCAAGCUAGACAUGAUGGACGACUAUCAGCGUUACAGAAUGUGGGCAAUGACCAUUAAUCAUAUGCUGAUGCUCUCGACUUCUUUCACAAGAUAUGAGCUUCAAUUUUAUAAGAGUUAA